AUGUUUAAACGUUCUUUUUCAUCGAAAGACCGGGCGGGCAAGUCAGUUAGACCGGCGAAGAAGACAUAUCGCGAGAAUUUGAGAGCCAAAUUGCAGGAGAGUUUGGAUAGUCCGCCGAUUGGGAGCACCCUCACGAGUCCUAUCAUCACCCUGGUGGUAGGCAGUGACAAUCGCCUCUUUGCCGCCCAUGAAGACGUCCUUUCUAUUUCGCCUUUCUUUUCUGCUGCCGUAAGAGAGCAAUCUCUUGAUGGCAAUGCGAAACAGAUUGCCCUGCCUGAAGAAGAACCCGAGAUACUAUCCUGCGUCCUCGAAUUCCUGUAUAAGGGUGACUACUACCCACGCUUGAUGCACAACAAGCGUCGCAACUCCUGGCAACUCGAGGAUGCGCAGGAUCUUUCUAAAACCGGUGGCCGCGGGUCCAGCGAAGCCACAAUGUUUCAUCCUGGUGUCAACGACUACCUCCUCCGGGAUACCGUCAUCUACUGUGCCGCUGAGAAGUACGGCUUGGAUGAGCUGAAGCGCCUUGCUCUUCGCAAGCAGGGCCUUCAAGCUGGAAUCCCUGUCGAUGUAAUCCUUCGAUCGGCCCGGUAUACAUACGACCACACACCAGACUCUGAGUCGCGACUCCGCGCUCACUUUCUAGCUCUGAUAAUCCGAAGUCGCAAGACUUUCAAGCGGAGUGGAACCAUGCAGAUGGAGAUGGAGAGCGGCGGCAAAUUGUUUUUCGAUCUUUUCGUGGCAAUGUGCAACCAUAUUGACGAUGUCGUCGAGAUCAGGUACGCCUUCCAACUUUCCUGA